GGGGUUCUACUCUCUAUCUGUGGAAUCGUUGCAAACGUUUCAGCUUGUGUUGAGUAGCAAUGUUUUUUUUAAUUGUCCUAUCAAUGUUCUUGGUGUUGUGUCAUGAGAUGAUACAAUGGCAUACUUGUUUGAAUAAUCUGAAAGUGGCCAAAGGUUCUGCUACUAUGAGAAAUGAUUUCAAGGUAGGUUAUGUCAGAUUUAUUCAUCCAGUGCUUGAAGCGUAUACAUUGCAAGUAUUGAUCUCAUUUAAGUUUAAUAUUUGAGGAAUUUUCAGAGGGGGGAAUAGAUGAGCACUGAACAUGCCACUAAAAUCCCCGUAACAAACAAUUGACUGCUAUUGUACUGACCACACUGCUUUUCUCACCAAUAAUCUUCCAUAUGUGCUAGUUAAGGCAAGUUUUUGGUGUCUGUGUUUGAAACGUGACAAAAAAAUUUGAGCUGUUGACAUCUUGAAAUUUUGGCCCUGGCCAAAAAUUGGUUGAUAUUGUUAAAUGAAACUUGCCAACAAAUCAAAGGGGUGGAAUACGAAAUGGGAAUAAAAUGAGGAGAAAUAGUUUGACUCUAAUUUGAAGGGUUUUUUUUAAAUUGUCGAACUGAUUGAAUGCAUUAUAUUAAACCGUUUUACGUCAUUUCCAUCGACUAUUUAUAUGUAUUAGCAUUUAGUUCUGUAAUAAAAGUUUGUCCAACCCCAGUAUAAAUCACUAAAUUGGGAUUAAAAUGUAUUUAUGUUGGAGCAAAGUUCCCCCUCCUCCGUCCCAGUCGUUGGCGUUCCCCGGUUCCCCCCUCCUCUUCUCCGCGGACCCCACGGCCGGUUGUGUGGAGCGCGCACGCGUGCCAAGCUGCGUGGGAAUGGCUGUUGAAGCGAUGGAGGGGGUUGGGCCGCGCGCAGGCAGCCGAGCGAGCGAGCGCUGCACGAGUUCCUAAUGUCCGCCAUGUUGGCCAUGGCGCAUUGAACCGGGGAGGGUGAGCGGAGCGCCAGAGGAAAGCACACCGACACACAGCCGCCGAGACGCGGGCCCGCCCGGCUCUGCUCGCGUCACUACGCACCCCAGCCAAGCCCCGAUCGAACGGCCCGCUCAAAGAGACCGUCCCGGAUCCAUCAAUGAUAACUAGAGGCAGGAUUCCUCGCAGAUAGACUAGAUUAAUGCUGCAUUGGCUAAUAUAAGUGUAAAAAAAUGAAUAAAUUGUCGUUUCGGGCGCGGGCGCUGGAUGCUAGUAAGCCCCUGCCAGUCUUCCGCUGCGAGGAUUUACCGGACUUGCACGAAUAUGCUUCGAUCAACCGGGCAGUGCCGCAGAUGCCGACCGGGAUGGAAAAGGAGGAGGAAUCGGAGCACCAUCUCCAACGGGCCAUCUCGGCGCAGCAGGUCUACGGCGAGAAGCGGGACAACAUGGUCAUCCCCGUGCCCGAGGCCGAACGCAACAUCACGCACUACGAGUCGCUCUACCCCGGGGAGUUCAAAAUGCCAAAGCAGCUUAUUCACAUACAGCCUUUCGGUUUGGACACGGAGCAGCCGGACUACGACCUCGAUUCGGGGGACGAGACUUUUGUGAAUAAGCUAAAGAAGAAAAUGGAAAUCACAGCACUGCAGUUUGAAGAGAUGAUCGACCGCCUGGAGAAAGGCAGCGGACAGCAGUUUGUCAGUCUCCAAGAGGCCAAGCUGCUGCUGAAGGAGGACGACGAACUGAUCAAGGAGGUGUUUGACUACUGGAGCCGCAAGCGGAAGACGUGCAAGUUUGGAACCUUCGUCUCCAACAUCAAGCAGGAAAAGCGGGACGGCUCGAGCACCAGCGACCCCUACGUGGCCUUUCGCAGACGGACGGAGAAGAUGCAGACUCGGAAGAACCGCAAGAAUGACGAGGCGUCAUACGAGAAGAUGCUGAAGCUUCGCAGGGACCUGAGCCGCGCCGUCACCAUCCUGGAGAUGAUCAAGAGGAGGGAGAAGAGCAAGCGGGAAAUGCUGCACCUCACGCUGGAGGUUGUAGAGAAGCGAAACACCAUGCCUGACUUUGGCAGCGAGGUGAUGGCAGAGGCGCUGGCCCAGCAGGCUCUGGUGAAGCCCGUCUACACCAUCCCCAUUAUUCCCAGUGCCAACCAGUACCGACACCAGGACCACUUGGACAUGAAGGACUACAAGAAGCAGGAGAAGACGGAGGUUGUGCGAACCAAAAGGAAGUAUGAAAAGAAGCCCAAGAUCCCCCCUCAGUCAGCGCCCCAUCACGCGGGACCCUCGGUGUUCAAUCUCAAGGACCUCAACCAGUAUGACUUUCCCAGCUCCGACGACGAACCCUUGUCACAGAUUCAUUCAGGUUCCUCGGAGGCGGAAGAGGAGAAUGACCCAGAUGGUUGCUACGCAUUUAGGAGGAAGGCCGGCUGCCAUUACUACGCUGCGAGUCCCGGCCAGAGCGGCAGCUGGCCGUGGGUCAGCCCGCUGGAGGGCGGCCUGGGUCACCCGCGCUUCCGUUACUGCCUGACCUCCCUAAACACGCCGCAGCGCUGCGUGGGUCUGGCGCGACGCCGCGUGGGCCGAGGGGGCAGGUUCUUGUUGGAUCGUGCGCACGCCGACCUCGACGCCGUCUGUCAGUACUUGGACUCGGACCCGCAGCUCGACUCGCUCUCCUCGCCGCUUCCAGGCUUGCCACUCCGCAACUCCAGUACCUCAGAAACCAAUACCUCGGACCCCACCGGCUCCUCCCGCCCGCUUCCCUCCCCCUCCUCCUCCUCCUCCUCGUCUUUGUCGCCCACCGUGACCGUGGACCUCAAUCGGAUUCUUUUGAACAUAAAAUCAUGCCGCUGGAGGCAUUUCCGACCGCGGACGCUAUCCCAGCACGCUUGGGGAACGGGGGUCUCAUCUCUGAAAGGAUUUGGGGAUUUUAGUCGGGCCAUAUCGGGACUAACUCGGAACCUGUCUGGAGGAUCCUUCCCACAGAACCGCACUGGUCCGGCUGUUCCUGGCAAAAUGUUCACGGCGGAGCAGUACCAGCAGCACCAAGAGCAGCUGGCCGUCAUGCAGAAGCAGCAGCUGGAGCAGAGCCAACAUCAGCAGCAACACAAAAAGGAGCAACAGCAGCAACAGCAGCAGCAGCAGCAACAGCGACUCAAGGAGCAAAAGGAGCAGCAGCGGCAACAAAUCCAACACGCCUACAACUCCCUGAGCGGGGCCGCCCCGAUCAUCAGUCAGGUGUCUACAUCCCCGCCAGGUACCACGCAUUGUCCGUGCACUCGUGAGACGAUCCGCUGUCCGUCCGUUCAGGUUCUGGUGUCCAAGACCUUGGACCAGGCCAGCGCUCAGUUUGCGGCUUCGGCCCUGGUCACCGCCGACCAGCUCUUGACCUUCAAGUCCAAAGAGGAGCUGGUGCUGACCAGUGGAGUCAAUGGCGUCCUGGGAGCAGGUGUCUUGAAAGGUUUGCAUCUGUCCAGCACGGCCACAACGCUUCACCCCAGCCACCCGUCGCCCACCGCGGCCGCCCCCGCUUUCCUGCAGCCCCCGCCCCAUCCGGCCGCGCCUCCGCCCACCGCCAACGCCGUCCCCCUCUCCCUGGCGGCCGCCCCGGGCAACCACGCGGCGCUCGGCCUGCUGGGAUGCGCGCCGACCGGCACCGCCCCCGCCCCCGCCACUCAGGUCCUCAUCGGUAACAACAUCUGUCUGAGCGUUCCGUCGACCGGCAACCUGGCAGGGCGCCAUCUGCCGCGCGGCCUGGCCGGCGUGCCGCCCUCUGCCUUAAAACUGUCCGCCGCCACCACCCUGCAGAAGCCCAAAGUCCCUGCCGCGCCAUCAUUGGACAUCAACUCGAGGGAGAAGCGCGAGGAGGACAAAUCGUCUCUGAACAACAUCGUGGACAACACAGUGGCCAUGGAAGUGACGUAAUGGCGGCGGAGGGCAGCCGAAUCGAUUUGAGUUUUCAGGUGCUGUGCAUCGUAGCGUCGGGGUGGUGGGGUUUGGGGGGGGGGGGGUCAAAAAGGAACUGCCAGGAUGACGGGCAGAUCACCACGUCGUCCUUUUUAAAAACGUGUUUUGUUCUUUUUGUUACCUUUCAGAGACAUGCGUGUGGUGUACAUUGUGCAUAUGUGUACAGUAAGGACUUAUUUGUACAUACCACUUGAAUACACAACUGUCCGUUUGUGAUGUUUUGCACUUGGGAGCGAAAAAGAGAAUGGAAAAAAAAAAAGUACGGUGUGUGUGUGUCUGUGUGUGGGAGUUGUAUAGAGACGUUUUAUCACAUGCAUGGUGCGAGAUGCUGCUUUUGAUCUAUUUAUUGUGCCGUGUUUACACUUUUUUUUUUUUUUGGUGGGAGUGGAGGACUCUUUAUUUGUACACUGUACUUUUGUUCGCUUCCUGUGCUCUUAUACAUGUCAGCUGGCCGCAGGCUCCCGUGCAUCUUUCUUACGUUGUCAACCCCAACCUGUCGGAUGUGCUGAACGGCGCCUAUUCAAACGGGGAUGACGUCUCUUCCCAGAAGCCUUUGCUGCUUCGUUUUAAAAGCACUAUUUUUGUGGGGGUUUUGUCUUUUCCGUCGAUGGCUUUUUGAUAACGACAAUGCUGCUUUUUGUAUUUUGGGUUGGAAGGGGGAUCGUCCAUUAUUUCAUGCAACAAGCCCCGGUUUUCUUUUGAUAUCAUUUGAGUCGUUAAAUCCCACCAACUUAUUUUUUUGUAUUAAGAGUUAUUUUUCUAUUUUGUGUUCUUGUGGUCAACUCGAUUGUAAGCUUUUAAAUGUCACGGUUUGGUUUGUUUGAUGCAUAGAUGACGAUAAGGGAGGCGACUGAACGUGUUUCAUCAUUCCAGUUUUUUAAGAGGGGAGAAAGCAAAAUCAGGGGAUCAUAGCCCCCCCCCCCUCCUUUUUUUCUUUCUUUAUUUGAGAAACUAACAAAAGAAUCUCCAGAUGGCUUUGAAGCCAACAAAACCACAAGUAUUUUUUGGGUGCCUUCCUUUGGGGAAUUUUAUGACUUCUCUUCUGUGAAGAGUCCGGCACAAAGGCAGCAUUACUUAGUAGUGCUUGUGCGCUUUGUGGAGGGGCUGGGGGGUGGUUCUUGAACACCGGCUCAGCUGGCGGGAUGUCCUUGGGGUUUACUUGUCCCACCUGGAAGCUGAAAAAAAAUGUAAGAAAAAAAAAAGAGAAAAUGUGACAAUUCCCAAAUAAAAUAAGACAAUAAAGCCCAGGGCAUUAAAUGUGACUUACAAUGU